CCACAGCUUACGGGGGAAUACCGAUAGGUAAGUCACUUCCACCAUACCAGUACUACCGGUACUACUCGAGCGGGGGGAGAGAGAGGGAGGGAGAGGGGAGUGAAAAAACGUUUUCAUGGUUCCCGUUCCUUGCCUCAGCCGCAUGCAUGAAAUGAUAUGAAAAUUUAAUAUUAUGAUAGUGCGAUAUACAGGUACUGCACACCUUUAGUUCAUCCGCCACCGCGUCAGCCUUCUCCUCCUUCAUCUCAUUCAUUUGCGCCAUCUUCUCCUUCUUUUACUCCCGCUUCUCCUUCCCCCUUCGUCGCUGGUAUCAUACCUCUGAUUCUUCACUCCGCACCUCUCCUCUUGCCUUUCAAACAUUCCAUCAUGGCAGCCGAAGCGAUGGCGAACUUGACCCUGCGGUCCAAUUCUCUGAAUAGCAUUCGUACGCCCACUUCCAGCUCUUCCAGCACUGCGAGCACUGGAAAGGAUAGGUUGGUUAUCGGCGUUGACUUUGGCACAACUUAUAGUGGGUAUGUGUAGAAUGCGUCCGGGGCGCACGGAAGACUCAUUCAACCCAACCUUAAACUAACACGCGUCUGCAACAGCGUCGCAGCCGUCUACAGUGGGACCCCGGAUGACAUAGAAGUGUAUGUUCCCGCCCCGCCCUCCUCCUCCUCCUCCUCCUCCUCCUCCUCCGCUUCGUCGUCCCCUUCGACCGGCCAACAGACCAAAAGGCAAACAAACACACAAGGCUGACCAUUCCGAAAAACAUCCAGAAUCAAAACAUGGCCCGGAGGCAACGGGAUAACCUCCGACAAAGUCCCCACCGAGCUCUCCUACGUCCCUCUCCCCACACGAACCCCGUCGGAUGCGGGUAUGCCGCAACCCCCCGCACCGCCCGCGAGCGGAAGCAGCGACCCGGUGACGCACAAGUGGGGAUUCCAGCCCUCGGCGAAUAGCCCACGGCUGCGUUGUCUGAAGCUGUUCCUGGACCGCUCGCACCCGCUCCCGCCCUACAUCUCGCCGUUGGAGACGGCGGGGAUGCUGAGGGGUGUGGGGAAGACCAUCAUGGAUGCCGUGACGGAUUAUCUGAGUGCGCUGCACUCGCACACUAUCGAAACUCUGACGCGUAGGUACGGGGAGAGCUUUAUGGCUAGUACGCCCUUGGAAUGGGUGUUGACGGUCCCUGCGUAAGUUUUUGUCCGUGACUCUAGGGUUUGGGAAUGGCGAGAGCGGUUUCUGAUGCUGGGGGAUUGUUUCCUUCUGAUAUAGGGUUUGGAGCGAUGCUGCGAAGUAUGCUACGCGAAAGGCCGCGGAGGGUGCGGGUAUGGGUGGGGUGGAUGGAAAGGGGAUCAGGCUUAUUAGUGAGCCGGAGGCUGCGGCCGUAUACACGCUCAAGGCUAUCCAGCCGAAUAACUUGAGUGUUGGAGAUAACUUUGUUGUUUGUGAUGCUGGCGGCGGGACCGUGGUAUGUUUUCUCCCUCCCCCCCCUUUCACCUCGAGCAUUUCUGAAGUGGACAGGACUUGAUAUCGUAUGAGAUAACUUCGGUUUCCCCGUCGCUGCUGCUUUCGGAAUCUUCGAUUGGAACCGGCGGGCUGUGCGGAAGUGCAUUUUUGAAUUACGCUUUUGAGGAUCAUUGUCGGAGGAGGUUGGGAGCUGAGAUUUAUGACCGGUUGAAGCCCAAGACGCGGAACAUGGCGCUGAAGUACUGGGACGAAUACGUCAAACGGAACUUCAAAGUUGAGGAACCGGAAGAGGAGGAAGAGAUUUCCGUCCCGCUCCCCGGAGUAGCAGACGAUGAAGAGAAGCGCAUUGAAGGUGGAUUCCUUAUGAUGAGGAGGGAGGAAGUCAAAGCGAUAUUCGAACCUGUGGUGAGCCAAGUGAUAAAACUCGUGGACGAGCAAGUCGAGGGAAUCCGAAAGAUGGGCGGGAAGGUAGCGGUAGGCACCCUCCCUCCCCCGUCGAGCUGUACAGGACGUGGCGUGUGAAGCUGAACGGAUUUAGGGAAUUGUGUUGGUGGGAGGUUUCGGACAGAGCAAUUACCUUUACAGCUGCCUAAAAACCCGGUUCAACCCCUCCACCCGGAAUCCCCCACCAUACUCCGAGACUCCUAUUUUAGGUGAUGGCGGAAUCGAGGUUAUGCAGCCGUUAUAUGCGUCAGUAGAUCCGUUCCUGCCCAUUGAUCACACAUGCUGACGGUCGGGCAGUUGGACGGCAGUGGUCCGUGGGGCGGUGAUCCGCGGAUUGGAAGGGUCCAUGGUUGUCGCCCGACAGGCCCGUUAUCACUACGGGACUUCGUAUGCUACCGUUUGGGAGGAAUCGAAGCAUCCUGUUCAGGACCGUUACUGGUCACCGCUGUGGGAACGGUGGAUGGUGUCGGAUCGUAUGCAAUGGCGUAUGUUUUUUCCUCCAGCUCAGCUCGCUCAGGGUUCCUCUCCUGCAGAGGCCUAACAAUUCCCCUAGACAUCGCCCGAGGAGAGCCCGUGUCCGAUAAAACGCCCAUAUCCUUCCACUACACCCGAAAUUUCCGACCGGGGCAAAGCCUCAGGAUCGAGGACGACCUUAUCAGUUGCGAGCGCGAGACGGCGCCGGCAAGCAUGGCGGAUGCGAACAGACACCUUGUGAAAACGGUCUGCACGCUAACAACUGACUUGUCGAGUGUGCCAAAAUGUGAGCCUCUAAAGACCCCUCCUACCCUUCGUCCCUCUGCCACACUUUCUACUCCCCUUCCAAUCCCACCCCGAGCAUGUCCCUAUCCCAUAUCUCCCCGACCAGGUCAAUCCGGACAAUUAACGUGCUUACUCCACAAUAGCAAAGUUCAACCGCUUGACAACAAGUAAGGGCAUCGAGUUCGAUAACCUAGACUUCACACUGGACCUGAUCGUGGACUCAGCAAGUCUCGUGUUCGAGCUGAAAGUGGAGGGUGUAGCAUACGGGAGCGUGACGGCAAAUUUUCACUGAUUGAUUGAUUCCACUUUAUUUUUAUUUUUUAUACCAUUGUUGCCCUGAUGUUGUACCGACCUACAAACCCCCCCACCUUGGUCAAAGAAUAUAUUAUUCGUAAAGUAGCGGGAGUUGUUUUUGUUUUUGGGAUUUUAUCUUGUGGAUUUCGUUUUAUGUUCUUGGGGAGCUCUGAUAUUGUAUGGCGGCACGGUAUGCUUAUGAAUUGAACUUCCUUCCUUCCUUCCUCCCUCCCGAAGGGGACAUCGUGGGGGAAGGACAUAAAGGCCUUUGAAAGUAGGCUAGCACAUACCGACACUGUAAGUCGAUUCAUGGUUGAAAGGGAGUGAGGUGCUGUUGACCAUGCGGUUCUUCCGGAGGGGGGGUCCAUCUCUUUGGACGAGGGAAAGGUCGGU